AUGCAGGGACAGACAUUCAUCGCGCUCAUCUCACUUAUUGUCUUGUACCAUAACGGUAUAGAGGCAAGCGGACAAGUAUGUGAGGGCACGACGGUACAACUCUCCUGUGGGUUGGGUUUCAUCAAGGUGAACUGGGCCAGCUAUGGACGCAGCAACAGAGACACCUGCAGCAGUGGACGCCCCCCAAGUCAGCUUUCCAACACCAAAUGCCACCAGCACAAGUCUCUACGCAUCAUGUCUGACAGGUGCAAUGGAAUGUCAAGUUGUGCUGUACCUGUGAAAAACUCUGUGUUCUAUGAUCCCUGUCCAGGGACAUAUAAAUACCUGGAUUUAUCUUAUACAUGCCACUCAGUCAAAAGAAGUGUCACAUGUGAAAACAACCAGAAUGCUAUCAGCUGUGCCAAGGGAAGCCUGUUCAUUCAUCACGCCAACUAUGGAAGGAGAGAUCGCCUGACCUGCCCCCAUAAACUGGCAAAGACCUCCCACUGUUAUCACUCUCAAACGGACAACCUACACGGCAGGUGCAAUGGGAAGAAAUCAUGUCAGUUACAUGCUUCAAAUGCGGUCUUCUCUGAUCCCUGCCAUGGUGUCAAUAAGUACCUGGAAGUGACAUACAGCUGCACGCAAUCGUCACUUAUUGUCCUGUGCCAUAAUGGUAUAGAGGGCAAGAGGUAUGCUGAAUGUGAGGGUGAGACGGGGCAUCUCUCCUGUGGGUGGGGUUUCAUCAAGGUGAUCUCGGCCAGCUAUGGACGCAGUAACAGAGACACCUGCAGCAGUGGACGCCCCCCAAGUCAGCUUUCCAACCCCCAAUGCCACCAGCACCAGUCUCUACGCAUCAUGUCUGACAGGUGCAAUGGAAUGUCAAGUUGUGCUGUACCUGUGACAAACUCGGUGUUCUCUGAUCCCUGUGUUGGGACAUAUAAAUACCUGGAUAUAUCAUAUACAUGCCACCCAGCCAAAAGAAGUGUCACAUGUGAACACAACCAGAAUGUUAUCAGCUGUGACACCGGAAGCCUGUUCAUUCAUCAUGCCAAUUAUGGAAGGAGAGAUCUCCUGACCUGCCCACAUGAACAUGCAACAACUCCCAACUGUUAUCACUCUCAAACAGACUACCUACGCGGCAGGUGCCAUGGGAAGACAUCAUGUCAGUUAAAUGCUUCAAAUACUGUCUUCUCUGAUCCCUGCCGUGGUGUCAAUAAGUACUUGGAAGUGACCCACAGCUGCACGCCAUCAUAGAGACCGGAUCACCUUUACCGAAGGCCACACACCGCUGUAGACCAGGACAGAUGAAAGCUAUUAAAAGGGAUCCAAAGCACAUCCAGGACUGUCCCGGUACAUACAAUAUAAUAUACAAUUUGAGAGCUUUGGUGGAUUUCACAAUUAAAUUGUUAAAAACAUGAACUAAAAACCAUGUGAAAACGUGAGCAUUGAACUUCAGCACAAUCAGGCUAUUUCUUGAAAACUAAUGUAGGGUUUUUUUCAUCACAGUGAAAAUAGUCAAAUGUGUAUAUGAUAAAUAAAUGUAUGUAUUGCAAAAUGUAAAAAAAACAGGUGUUACAAAUGACUUUGUUGGUGUUUUUAUAUAAAUAUAUAUAUUUAAUGCAAUUUAUUAAUCUGCAUAGUAAUGUUUGUAUGUCUAAAGCAGUGUUUCUCAAAGUGUGGUCCGGGGUUUUUAUUUGGUCCAUCUCCUCCCUCCUCUCAGUU